AUGGCCUCGCACAUCCACCCUCUCGACCCCGCGACUGCCGAGGAAAUUCAAUGCGCCACGAAUCUCGUGAAGAGCGCCUACAAUGGCAUCGAGCUGCACUUCAAGGCAGCUGGCCUCGAAGAGCCCCCGAAAGCUGCGAUGGUCAACUAUCUAGAAGCCGAACAUAAAAACGAGGCUCUCCCGGUCAUUCCUCGCUGCAUCUUCCUCAUUUGGUACAUCAAGCGAACGCCGCGACUCUUCGAGGCUAUUGUCGACAUUACCAACAACCAGUUCGUCCAUCAUGCUGAGAUGCCUCGCGACUUUCACGGGCCGGUCGAUCGCGCGGAAAUGAAUGAGGCGGCUCAGGUGGUCAUGGCGGAUCCGAGGGUCCAAGAGGAGAUUAAACGGCUGAAGAUCGAUGAUACCACCGUCGUCCUUGAUCCCUGGGACUAUGGCGUGGACGGCGAGGAAACGCAAACGAGGCAUACUCAGGUCUUCAUGUACAUGCGCAACCCCAAGAACAAUGACCCUGACUCGAACCACUACUGCUUCCCGUUGGAUUUCAUGGUCAUCGUGGAUCUCAGCGCUAUGAAAGUCAAGAAAAUCAUUCGUUUACCUUUGGGAAGCGAUCAAACAACUACUCCCGCGGGCUCGCCAGUCCCUCAUCGCCGCACAGAUCCAAUUGAGCCGGAGUACGACCACCGUCUGCAGAAGAACCCACCCCGGACAACCCUCAAGCCAUACCAGGUCGUGCAGCCGGAGGGCGCCUCUUUCACCGUGACCGGUCACCUCAUCGAGUGGGAGAAAUGGCGCUUCCGUGUCGGAUUCAAUUGGCGCGAAGGCCUUACCCUGCAUGACCUCUCCUUCGAUGGCAAGAGCGCGUUCUACCGGCUUUCACUCUCCGAGAUGUUUGUGCCAUAUGGCGAUCCCCGAAACCCCAUCUACCGCAAGGGAGCUUUUGACUUGGGGAAUGUUGGCGCGGGUGUAACAGCCAACAACCUGCAGCUUGGCUGCGAUUGUCUCGGGAUGAUCAAGUACAUUGACGGCUGUGUGGUGGCGUCUGAUGGCUCUCCAGCGCUGCGGCCCAACGCCAUUUGCAUCCAUGAGAUUGACAACGGCAUCCAGUGGAAGCAUACUAAUCACCGCACCGGAAAGGCCACUGUUGUCCGGAAGCGCCAGUUAGUUUUGCAGACGAUCAUCACCGUUGCCAAUUAUGAGUAUAUCUUCAUGUGGUACCUUGACCAAUCCGGCGAGAUCACAUUCGAGACUCGCGCCACGGGAAUCUUGUCCACGCAGCCAAUUGAUAAGGACGCCAAAGUCCCUUGGGGCACUCGCGUCGCCGACGGCGUCAUGGCGCCUUACCAUCAGCAUAUUUUCAAUAUCCGUAUCGACCCAGCUGUUGGCGGCUACGCGAACAGUUUCGCCUCGACCGACUCCGUCGCAAUGCCGUGGGAUGAUGUCCUUAACCCGCUGGGCACGGGCUACAUUACCCAGGAAACAGUGCUUGAUCGUGCUGGGCCUGUCGAAGAUGAUGUCGGAAAGGGUCGGGUCUUCAAGAUUCUCAACGAGAAUGUCCAGAACCCGGUCUCGUUAACUCCAAUCGGAUACAAGCUUGUUCCCAUCAGAUCACAGCUUCUUCUCGCCCAUCCAGGCAGUUUCCACAGCAGGCGUUCCGAGUUCUGUUCCGCCCCCAUCUGGGUUACAAAACACAAAGACCGCCAACUUUUCCCCGCAGGCGACUAUACAAACCAGUCCCUCGGCGGUACUGGGAUCAAGUCCUGGUUGGAUGAGACGCCCGGAAAGCGCGACAAUGUGCGCAACGAGGACAUCGUGAUCUGGCAUACCUUUGGUUUCACGCACAACCCGCGCACGGAGGACUUUCCGGUUAUGCCCGCAGAGAUUGCCCAGGUGCAUCUGAAGCCGUACAACUUUGCACUGUUCAAUCCGACGAAUGACGUGCCGGGGUCGAACCAGAUCGAUAACAAGAGUGUUUUGUACCAGGCUCCGAGCGAGCAGGAGACGGAGGCUGCAGGGGAGUGCUGUAGAAGCAAUUUGUAG